ACGGGGCCUGCGAUGGGGGUGAAGCGAGCCCUUAUCAGCACCGGGGAGCUUUCCACAGUGUUUUUUCCAGGCCUCUGCGAAAGAAAGGGAGGGGGUAGAGAGAGAGAGAGCGAGAGAGGAAUUGGCGGGAAUGGCUUCCCUCCACCUCUCUUCCAACGGUCGCCUCCGCGCUCCCCAAUCUCUGCUUGGAAGCCAUCGCCUGUGCACAUGAGUUCUCGGGUUCUUCACGCAAUGCCCCUGCGCUCCAGAUUCCCCAGGAUCUAUGCUUUCUCCAGCAAUGACAUCAAGGUGGGUUCGAAUAUCGAGGUGGAUGGCGCUCCCUGGAGAGUUCUUGAGUUUCUCCAUGUCAAGCCUGGAAAGGGUGCCGCAUUUGUGAGGACAAAAGUGCGCAAUUAUAUAACAGGCAAUACAGUUGAGAAAACCUUUCGAGCUGGCAGUACGAUACAAGAAGCAAAUGUAGUAAAGGAAGCCAAACAAUUCACAUACAAGGAUGGGACCCAGUUCGUGUUCAUGGACCUGGUGACUUUUGAAGAAUGUCGUUUAAGUGAGAAGGAAGUCGGUGACAAAAAGAAAUGGUUGAAAGAAGGCAUGGAUUGUAAUUUGCUCUUCUGGAAUGGCCGGGUUAUUGAUUUCGAGCUUCCCAUCACAGUUAAGCUAACUGUUGUGGAGGUGGAUCCUGGUGUGAGAGGUGACACUGCACAAGGGGGGUCAAAGCCAGCAAAACUUGACACAGGUGCUGUUGUGAAUGUACCAUUGUUUGUGAGUGCUGGUGAAGAGAUACUAGUGGACACUAGAACUGGCCAAUAUAUGAGCCGGGCAUAGGUGACAUAGCAAUUCUCUCUUUUUCGGCUGAGGUUUCGCUUUGUCAUUUUUUAAUUGAUAUACAAUCAUGUAAUUGAAGGAUUUCUUAAGGGGUUCACAAUUUGGUUGCUUAAACAAUUAUCAGAACAAUUUCAUCAAAAAAUUCAGCAGAACAAGUUGCAUGUUGUAUUUUGCAUCCUAUACAUAUGAAUACCUUUUCGGCUUUCCUACAAA